AAAAAGGCUCUCUCUCCUGUCUCUCACUCCCACAACCACUCUCCCCCCUCUCUCUCUCUGGCCCGACGUCGCCGGAGUCAUUCCAGCGCGGGGAGCCGGCGCAAUCGGCCGCCGAUAUGACGUCACUCCGCUGCAUCCUCGACAAACCCCUCAACCAGCUAACGGAGGACGACAUCUCGCAGCUCACCCGCGAGGACUGCCGCAAAUUCCUCAAAGACAAAGGGAUGAGGAGGCCCUCGUGGAACAAAUCCCAGGCGAUCCAGCAGGUCAUUUCGCUCAAGGCGUUGCUCGAAGGCCACGGGGACGACGAUUCCGGAGCCAAAACGCUGCGGAAGAUCGUCGUUUCGUCCGUGGAGAAUCCGCCGCUAGCGAACUCGAACUCGAACUCGCCCGACUCGGCGAAGGAGCUGAGUGCUGGCGCCAGUGUUUCGGAACUUGCAGACGAAGCCGUUCCGUAUCGGCGGAAGGAUCUGCCAGAAUCGGUACCUCAUGGAGAUGUGGCUUCGGCAGGGGUGGACCUGGAGAAAAAUACCGUUAGUCCCAGAAAUGUCGGUGCUGAAGAGGUUACCCUGGGGCAAAUGACUAUUUUCUACUGUGGCAAGGUGAAUGUAUAUGACAGAGUGUCUCCUGACAAGGCGCGGACAAUCAUGCAACUUGCUGCUAGUCCUAUCCCCUUGCCGCUGGAUGAUUCAUCAAAUGGAAGUGCAGCAAUUUGGUCACUCCCUUGUCAUAUGCAGGCUACAAGUGAUAACUUGUGUCUAUUGCCUCCAAGAGCAAUGGUCUCUCAUACCACACAAACAGACAUGGAAGGUCAUGUGAAUCGAAAAGUUCGGCUGCAGAAGUAUUUUGACAAGCGAAAGGACAGGGGGAGAUUCAAGUCCAGGAAAGAUGUUGGAACAGCCUCUUUGGGCUUCGAGAUGUUCUUGAACCAAAAAAGGUUGCCUGUUCCAGAGGGACAAUUAAGCAAAAACACAAGGACCUGUGCACCACAACCUGGGAUGGCAAACGGCAAAAAUAGUCAGUCUUUCUGUUGAUCUUUAGGAACAGGUCCCUGAUAUGGAGAUAUCAUGUAAGGGUGUGGCCCUGGGAGCCGAUGACGGUAGUUUCAUUGAGAUAAUAGCUAUACCUCAAAUAAAUGGCAAAAUCAUGGAACUCGUCUUAGAGAUCUCUAGAAGAGGACUGGCUUUGGAUCACUCGUCCUCGGAUCAAAAUUUUGUAUAUUCUAGAAAGUUAAAUGUUAUCUUCGAGGCUUUCUUGAUUAAUGAUGCUGAGGUUAGUGAACCGAGAGAGCUUUUCCACGCUCUGUCCCCUUAUGUGCCACGAUGUGCCCAAUAUCCAUAUGUAAAGAUGCGCUCCACCAUCUGCCGGCAUCGGAAAAGCUGCAGGUAUGCUAGUUUAGGUUUAGCUCGAUGAUUGUACUCCUUUUCUCACAUUUAUUAAGUUGAUGGCUGUUGGAGCAUUGUCUUGAAGCCGAAGAUGCCGAACAAAAGGCUAUUCUGUCGCUGGAAUUGGAAU